GGACCGGCCAUAACCGAUACCAUUUACAGUGUUUUGUUUUCCAUCAGACUUACAAACCUAUUACACAGUCGAGUCAUACCUCCCAGCAUCCAUGUCGCAAAAACUUCAUGCCCAGGCUAAAUAGCAUGUCACAAACAACAUUCCAUUCACUGAUGCAGCAAGACGCGCCAUGGCUCGAGACAAAGAAAACAAUCCAUUACCCUCCCCUCAAUCCCGUGGCCCUGUCGCGUCCAUGACAAGACAUCUACCAAGCGACGACUUCUUCACUGACAGUGUCCUCGAAAACUCGUCCAUUCCAUCUCCCAGCCCGCACAAGCUCUCUCAAGUCAAGCCGCGACGCGCCGUCGCUUCCAAAGUCCUCCAAGCUGCGAGGAAUCCCCAAAACCUCCAUAAAGCCAGACCAUCUGGUUUGCCGACACUCUCUUCGAACCCGAAUCGUCACCUCCAGACAACAUCUUCACCGCCACGGAAAAAGAGUCCUAGUCGUUUGAUCACCAAUGGGUUUUCCACCCCACCCCGAUCUAAGUCUCUGUCUACUCCCGCCGACUUCUCCAGUCCCCCAGGUGGCAUCAGUGACGUAUACGAGCGGAUUGAAGCAGAAGAAGAUCUCGCAGCGACCGAGAGAGAGCCCGACAGUGACCAAGAUGACAUGAUCGACGAUCUACAAUACACCUCAGAACUGGAUGUUGACUUGCCCCCGCAUACAAACGACACCAACACAGAUGCGCUGCAGCUUCCACCCCCACCUGAUACCACUACACCUAUUGAAGACCUUCCUGAUAAUGAUGACAAGGAGAAUGACACCAAUGACCCCCGCGAAAGCCUAUCCGAGCACACCACUCUGGAUUUCCUGAAAAACGAGAUGACAGACAGGGUUCUGGCGGCCAAGUUGACCCCUCGUGUGGUGGAUCGUGCCAAAGACAAGGCAAGGCUGGAAAAGUUGAAGCAGUCCCAUAUUCCCAUUGACUUCAAAGCCAAUGGUUCACGUUCCAAUGGCGCCACUCCAAAUGGGCGGCUGUACGAGCGCAAUACCCUUCCCGGCCUGUCAAGAGGGCCAGUCUCGUUUAAUGUGGCACCAAACUCCCGCUCAGUUGGAUUGUCCAAGACUCUCUCGAACACUAGCGAAGAAUCGACUCCACAAAAGAAGAUUCGAGCAUUCAGUAAAUCUACCAGACCCCUUAUGGAACGAUAUGGCGCCAGCGACGAUGACAACGAACUUCCCCCAGCUCUACAGACCAAGGUCAAAGCUUUCAGCAAGGCAUCACGGCCGGUCAGACAACAUGAGGACGACCAACUUCCAGAAGACAAUCUUCCAGAUUCCAACCCAAGGCUGGUUGCUUUCUCUCGUGCGGAUCGGCCAUCUAGCCACAUUAGAUCUCACAGCGAGGAGCCGCCAAAUAAUCACCACGAUGAGCCAAGACCUGAAGAUACUGUAACUUCGGUUGGGUCUGAGCCACUGCCUAGUGCGAAUCCCAGAUCUCCAGAAAACAUUGCGAUGUCUCGAUCGUUCCUGGCCAAAUGGCGUCAGAGCGCUGCUGAACGGCGAACCGAAAAGGCCGAAUCUAUUGCUAGUGACGAUGGUUCACAGGUUGAUUGGCUCGCAGCCAGCGCUGACGUCCCCUUGCCUUCCGUCGAGGAUAGUAUCACUCCGCGCGAAAGACCCAAGUUCGGCUGGUCCGCGUCUGCGAAAAACGCCUCAUCUCUUGAGAAGAACCGGAAGUGGGAGAAUGAUUUCACUGGCCUUUCAUUCCAAGUCUCAGAGAGCCCUCCUGUUAAAAGCAGACCGCAGCUCAUUGAAUCACCAAGAGAGAAGGAAAUCGAAAGAUUGGCCCAGCAAGGCGUUACAACAAGUCGACUAGGGGAAAUUCAGCAAAAAGAUCCCAAUGUUUUGGUGCGGAAACCUUCUCGAUCGUUCACCCCAGAGGAGAAGCGUCACACUCCUGCCAAAGCCGACGAGAACAAUCCACAAAUGCAGAUUGACAAAAACUCCAAGCCAGAAAAGCAACCGGAAAGCCCUGCAGGGCUUCCUUUGUCGUCUGAUAAUAUCAGUGACCGCUUGAAGUCUUCGCAGAGGCAGAGUUCAGGGUCUUCGAGCUCAUUGGAACAUCUGCAACGAUUGGCAAGGGCGGUGAGCACUACCCCCAAAGGUAGUCCACCGUCACAAGACAAGUUCGACGAUUUGCUCAGGUCUGGCGACAAAGAUAAACCCUCUGAUAAGUUCGGAGCUGAUCGAGCGAAGCCAAAUUCUUCGCCUAAUGGCAUGAAUGGAACAAGCAACCCUGUUGUGCCCGUCGUUGCUGAGACGCCCAGAGUGGCGGGAGCCUGGACUGACACGAUUCUGCCCGAUACUGUCAAGCCCCAAAACCAGAAGGCUAAAGCGCCAAUCUUUGCCCAAACUCCUCAAGUCAACGCCGGUGGUUGGAUAGAUACACCACUUCCUGGUGAUGAUCGUUUACCACCAAUUCCAAUCCCAACCAUUAUCGAGGAGGAAACCGAAGAGUUGUCAAAUGUUGUACUGGCCAACAGUGAAAAUGAAGAGAGAGACCACGAAGAGGAGAUCAAGGCCCUCGAAUCUGAGGUGGCGACACCGGUAGAGACCAACGCAAUCAACACCGAGCCCAUCAGCGAAAAAUUGGUGCAGAUCCCCCGGAGUGCCCUUAGCAAUAUUCUGGAGGAACAGAAACAGAAAAGACUGGAAUCUUCUGAGAAUGUUGAGGGCAAAGAUGACACAUUCAAUCUGGGCGAUGCCACGAUUCAAUCCAUCGAAGAUUUUAUGGUCGAUGCAGCCGAUCUCACAGCUGACUUGACUACUCGCAUCAGAGCCGGAGCCCAAGACGAGGUCGACAGACUGAGGCAAGAAAGUGGUCACGCGGACAACACCGAGGUCUUCCUGGCGAGCCAGCUAACAUCUCGCAUGGAACGAUUGAUGACGAAUCUUCAUGAAGCAAGGAAAGGCAUUUCUCGAUUAGAACAGAAAGUCUCGCAUCCAUCCAGCGAUGAGAUGGUGUUACUCCAAGGCAGUGGUAUUCAAGGCACGGUGCAGAUGUGCAGUGUAUGCGGCCAAACCGCCGAACCACAUUCCCACAACUACUCGAAGCUGAACUCAUGGAUGCCCAUGACAUAUUCAGUCGCGAUCAUUUCUGUCCCGUUACUCUUCUAUCCACGACGAAAGAACCAACACCAAAAACUCCAGUGGCUACCUCGACCCACUCCACUCGGCUGGCUCACCAUCAUCGGGUGGAUCUGGAUUCUCCUGGAAUUCUCCAUGUGCGAACUGUACAGCCAUCCAACAUAUGCCGACUACUAUGUCUGGCCCACAGAAUCCGAGCCGGAAUUCCCCAUGGUGUUACCAACCAUGAUCUACCGAUGGACUCGAUUUGACCGCCUCGCUCCUGGGGUGUGGAGAAUCCUUGUGGGAUUUUACCGUAUGAUUGGAAUGCUGGUUGGAUUCACCGAUGGAUUUGUCGAUGAACCACGACGAGGAGGAAUAAGCAGGAAUGAUGGCGGCGGUGGUGGCGGAGCCAUGGAAAUCCUGGCAGAUGCGACGAAUGCGGCCUAUCAAGCUGUUAAGAGCAUUGUCCCUUCGGCGGCACUGAAUGGUGCUGGUGGUGGUGAUGGCGCCGCCGCAGACUUGAGUAUGAUGAGUGAUGAAUUUAUAUGAACAGACGACUCUCCCUCUCUCUCUGCAUGUUUUGCAAAUCAAGGAUGUUGGAGUGCUUGGGUUGGUUUGGGACUGGUGGGAUUGUACUACAAAAGGACAAGAUUGUUCGAACAAGGGAUUGCGAGUUCGUUCAAGGAUUACGGUGUAUUGGGUAUGGCAGUUGUCCAGUUUCAGCAAUCAUCAAUCAGCAUGGCGUCAAGGUGAAGAAUUUGAUGGAUGGAUUCACCCUACUUGAGAGAGAAUGACCAGCCAGUGAGUGAGUGAAUGUCGAGCAACUCUCCCUCUUCUGCCAACUCCGAGUUGGGGUCAGGUUGAACUGAUAGAGGAGCGAAUGUCAUGUACUUGUGAACGUCAAGGUAGCUUUAGGCUCUCCUCCUCUGUAUAUCAAAGUGCUUUGGGGAUCUGG